AUGGUAUAUCCAGUGGCCUCCUUCAUUGUGUCUUCUCACAAGGAUUUCAGGAUCAAGCAAUUCCUGGCCAAGAAACAAAAGCAAAAUCAGCCCAUUUCCCAGUGGAUUCAGAUGAAAACUGGUAAUAAAAUCAGAUAUAACUCCAAGAGGAGACAUUGGAGAAGAACCAAGCAGGGUCUAUAA